UAUCAAAGAAAGCUGCGUCAGUGAUAGAAGUGAAUCAAAAUGAAGGUUCUUUUGUUUAUACUUGUUUUCCUUUUAUGUAGGCAAGAAUGUUUAGAAACCUGUAACGAUAUUUUAGUUACGGACUUUUGUAUUGACGACUGCAUCGCGCUACAAACAUCAACAGACUCAUAUUUUUACGCAGUAGAUACAAAGACCUGUCUUCCGGGAUGCCAGAUGUAUGCUGACUCGGGAUAUUUAAGAAAAAAUUGUCCCUGUCCGCCAGCAUAUAUGUGUGCAAAACGAUGUUCGGCAAGUAAUGCAGCUGUUAAAGUAACAUGUAAAGUUGACGCAGACUGUUCUACAUUCCCGUGGUCAAGAUGUCAAGAUACUUGUGUUCCUGAUCUUAAUAGUUGUAUGGCUUAUCAUACAAACACUUCAGAUUUCCGUUACAACAAAUUCACUGCCUUAAAAUUUAAGCCCGCUUGUCAAGAUGAUGGUUACUGGAAAGCAAAGCAAUGCAAAGGUGGCGUCAGUGGAAGAUGUAUGUGUUUUGAUAAACACGGAAAAAGGUUGUUUGGGGAAGCUAAACAUUCUAAAUCCGCAGAUAUGACUUGUGCUUGUAGUAGGAGAAAAGCUGAAUUAUUAGAAAGUGGUAGAGACUAUGUAUCUUUGCACUGUAACAGUUUAGGAAAUUAUGAAAAAUUACAAUGUGACAGUGGUUUGUGUUGGUGCGCGGAAGAAAAAACCGGAGAUUUGGUUUCAACCAUAGUACCAGAAAAAGCUAUGAACAAGUUACCCUGCUAUGAAGUUGCAACUACAGGCAGCCAAUAUUUGAAACAAUGUGACAGUAUUGCAUACGCCAUGGCUAAAACAACACGUGCUCUUAAAAACCACGGUGUUACGUAUAUUAAUUUAGGAAUACGUUUGUGUGAUGGAGACGGUGCUUAUGGGGUGUAUAACGUUAGUGACGGUAUUGCUUAUUGCACGUGGAGAGAUGGUUCAAAAAUUAGUACAUAUCAAAGUAAUUCUGAAUCAGAUUUUGCAAGUUUAACUUGUAGAUGUGCACGCGACUACGUUCUUUACAGACAUGGGCUACGAUGUGAAGGUUCGGGAAAUUACAGAGCGUAUCAAAGUAUACUAAAAGAUGAUACGGAUUACUAUUAUUGUGUAGACACUGACGGAUUUCAAAACUCAAACUUAUUCGAUAAGGCUCCUGAAAAUUGUUCCAUUUAUUACUAAAACUCUAACUUUUAAGAAUAUUUAUAAUAUUAAUAGAAUAUAGGCUAUAUUUAUAUUAUUUAUUUUAUUUUAAAUAUAUACAAACACAGACAUA